AUGUCUGGCCAUGGAGAGCACACACCGCCACCACGAGACUUCUGGAUCUCACCUUCAUCCCACAUACCACCGCAGACGAUCGCCUUGCCAGCAGGUGAUCAGAUUGGCGUGACGGUUGUGCAGCCUCUGGUGAUGUGCUUUAGGACGACAAACGAAUAUGAAGAGACCCGCUUCAUCGACGCAGUGCAGACUGCAGCCGCGGGUUGUCUAUCAGAGCUUCCCGCCCUUGCGGGCAAGCUGGUGUGGAAGGAUGAAGCACGGCAUCGCAUUGAAUGCCAGAUUCCAGAGAGCCCGAAAGUGCAGGUCCGAAUAAAGUGGCUACCUUGGGAUGCUCAGAAGCUCGAUGCGCAACACUGGCCGCCUUACAUCUUCCAGCAUGCCGAAGUCUGCCUGGCGCCGAGGCCGACAUAUGGCAUUGGAACGUACAAUUUUGGUCUGCAAGCAAAUAUCAUUCGAGGGGGGGUCAUCAUUGUAAUGCACAUGAACCAUACCAUCCUUGACGGCUCAGCUCAGGGCGUUCUGCAGUCUAUCUUCGCACAUCAUUUGGGAAGAGCGAUGGACAAGGGACCUUCGGAGUCCAGUGGCUUGUUACCACCAGUAGCACUCGACAAAACCACCACCUCUGGCUCGCAUCCUGCACGACCUAUCCUCGAAUGGAACGAUUGGAAGCUGGCCGAAAAGAACACCAUGUCUGCCGAAGCAGCAACUAAAGCGCUGUUUGCAAAGCUUGCGAAGCUUACCUUUACAAUCUGGCAUAUAUCACCAGAGAAGUUGGCAAAGCUUCGACGUAGUAUGCAGGACCCCAAGCAGGAGAGGCUCUCCAUGGCAACGUGCCUCUCAAUCUGGCUUUGGCGGGCCAUCACGCGCACUCGUGCGCUGGCGCCAGAUACUGUCACAAGACUGCUUAUGCCUAUUCAAACUCGCGGUCGUGUGAAAGAGGUGCAUCAAAACUACUCUGGCAGCGCGCUAGUCUAUGGCCGCACGAAGGCGAAAGCCUCGGAGGUUUCAUCGCUGCCCGCGCAUGAACUCGGCGCCCGCAUUGGCAACAGUGUAGCAUGGUGGACCGCUGAAAAGAUUCGUGAACACUGGGGCUCGGUCGAGGACUGCGAUGACAUCGCAAGAUAUCAGUCAAAUACGAAUCGUGACUUUGGCACCGACAUUGAAUGCACCCAUUUGUCCAACUUCGCCUUCUACAACUUGCACUGGGGAAGAGGGCUGCAGGUUCGUGCAUACAGACUCCCCGGCAUAGCCUUCACAGACGGAUGGCUCAAUUUCGCACCGCGGCUGGCGUCUGGUGGUAAUGAGCUGCUGCUCUAUCUGGCGCGUGAUACUCUUGAGAAGCUGAUGAAGGAUGCCGAGUUUAGAGAGUAUGCUGAGUACUGGUCUGCAUCAGAUCCCGCACUAGAUAAGCAAGCUGCAGAGACUGAGCGAACGCUCUCUCGGCUGUGA